AUGGGGAAACUGAGUCUGUGGGAACAGAGGGACCUGAACUCCUUCCUGUGGACUAUUCGGCGCGACCCCCCGGCCUACCUGUUUGGCACCAUCCACGUCCCCUACACCCGUGUCUGGGACUUCAUCCCGGACAACUCCAAGGCAGCCUUCCAGGCCAGUGCCCGCGUCUACUUCGAGCUGGACCUGACCGACCCCUACACAAUCUCGGCGCUGGCCAGCUGCCAGCUGCUGCCGCACGGGGAGAACCUGCAGGACGUGCUGCCCCGCGAACUCUACUGGCGUCUGAAGCGCCACCUGGACUACGUGAAGCUGAUGAUGCCGUCGUGGAUGACACCCGCACAGCGGGGCAAGGGGCUCUAUGCCGACUACCUAUUCAACGCCAUCGCGGGCAACUGGGAGCGCAAGAGGCCGGUGUGGGUGAUGCUCAUGGUGAACUCGCUCACGGAGACCGAUGUUCGCUCCCGUGGCGUGCCAGUGCUUGACCUGUACCUAGCCCAGCAGGCUGAGAAGAUGAAGAAGAGCACCGGGGCCGUGGAGCGCGUGGAGGAGCAAUGCCAUCCGCUCAACGGGCUCAACUUCUCCCAGGUGCUGUUCGCCCUAAACCAGACUCUGCUGCAGCACGAGAGCGUGCGGGCUGGGAGCCUGCAGGCGCCCUACACCACCGAGGACCUCAUCAAACACUACAACUGCGGGGACCUCAACGCCGUCAUCUUCAACCACGACACCUCCCAGCUGCCCAACUUUAUCAACACCACCCUCCCGCCGCACGAGCAGGUGACGGCCCAGGAGAUUGACAGCUACUUCCGCCAGGAGCUCAUCUACAAGAGGAAUGAGCGCAUGGGGAGGAGGGUCAUGACGCUUCUGCAGGAGAACGAAGACAAGAUCUGCUUCUUUGCCUUCGGAGCAGGUCACUUUCUGGGGAACAACACAGUCAUCGAUGUCCUUCGGCAGGCAGGGCUGGAGGUGGAGCACACACCCGCGGGGCAGACCAUCCAUAGCCCUGUCGCCGGGAGCCCCGCACCUCCACCCGAGGGGACCUCGGCAAGCCCCGCGCCAGUGACCCCAGCUGCUGCCGUGCCCGCGGCCCCCUCGGCACCCCCCACCGCCCCGCCAGAGGAGGAGGACCCAGCGCUGUCCCCACACCUGCUACUCCCCGACAGCCUCAGCCAGCUGGAGGAGUUUGGGCGGCAGAAGAAGUGGCACAAGAGGCAGAACAAACACCAGCGCCCGCGGCAGUUCAAUGACCUCUGGGUGCGCAUCGAGGACAGCAGCACAGCCUCACCACCCCCACAGCCCUUGCAGACCACGCAGAGCUCCGGGACCGCCAAGCCCCCCUUCCAGCUCUCCGACCCACUCCAGCAGCAGGAAGAGCCAAGACCCGCCAGCAGCUCAGCGCCCGGCCGCUCCCCGUCCGCCCUGGGCCUGCUCCCCGCCAUUGCUGCCAGCAUAGUAGCCUCCUUCCUGCUGCACACCCUCAGACCCUCCUGACCUCGGCCGCAUGCCUGCCCGGUGCAGAGGAAGAAGCCAGAGAAACCGACGGGAAGGUCUGCAUCCGCACCCACUGCCCCUGCCACCCUCCAGGGGUGCUCAACACCUCUCGGGCAGUCCAGACGGGAUCCGUUAAAACACUAGAGCUUUAUUGUACCUGACUUACAUCUUCUUUUUUGUAGAAGGAUCUUAAUUUCCCAUAGUGCUAUGGGGCUCUUUUGUAAAAUAUGUGUCUAUAUUAAAAAAGAAAAAUGUAUUUAUUCUACUGAUAAAACUAUUUUUAUGUGGCCGAUGUUAAUAACUAGCCCCAUCGCCAACCCAGGAGGUGACCCAGGUUGCCAGGACAACUGCGACCUUGCAGGGACCGUGGCUUUGAACUGGCUUGCUCCUGGAUCAGUGGAGUCCUCCAGCGUGCGGGUUUGGCUUCUCCCGCCAUGGAGUCCUCAGAGGGAGAGGCAGGCAGACAGGCUUAGCUUUUGUGAAACUGGACUUGGGAGCCAGAGAUGUGAACGCUGACGGUCCUUCCUUCCCCUGGAUGCAUCCUGGGGCUGGGAAGGUACUUUAGGAAAGAGAAUGCUGCUAUUUUGAAAACCCUGAGUGUCUGUGAAUUGGCCCUCCAGAACUCUUGGUAAGUGUUCCGACCAAAGCACUGGGGUGGGGCAAGGGCUGUUGGUGCUGAGGGAGGUGGUCCCCCCAGCCCCAAGUGACAGAUGGUUAAACUAAGAUGGUUAAAUUCACCAAAGAGAAGAAGGUGGUUGCCCAAGGUCACAAAGCAAGUGGGAGAUCCGGGGUGUGAGUCUAGACCCCUCUGUUCUGGCUGGUAUCGUUAAUCCAUCUUGGCGUACAGGAGAGGCUGUUGAAGUCAUCACCAAAUGCAGUGAGCUGAGCCAAAGGGUAGGAGUGGGUAUAGAAGGGCAGUUUUAGAGACAGGGCCUCUAGAAAUUCCAUGGUAAUGAUACUUGUAAUGAGAGCUGCCAUUAGUUCAAAGUCUGCAGUGUGGCAGGCAUUUUGCACACUCACUUUAUCACAGAUCCUCACGCCAGUUCGUGAGAUGUGCUUGUCCCCAUUUCACAGAUGAGCAAACUGAGCCCCUGUAUGAGAUAAAGGGACUUGUUCAAUGUCACCCAGCCAGCACCUGGCCCUAGAUCAGUGUGAUUCAAAAGUAACGCUGUCUCUUGGACCAUAAUCUGUCAGGUUCUCUCUGCAGAGGAAAGUUCCAAGGGAGGCAGAUCUCACCCAGAUGGGCCAGCACACGCUUCUUACUGCAGCCAGAGAGACCGCUUGGCUACAGUCACCCCGUUGGUCCCUCCAGCCAAAGGGCUCUGGCAGCAGGCUCUGCCACGUGUCCCAUGCCCCAACUUGUCUUAUCCUGGAGCCAAUGAGAGGCUUUCCUGCCAAACCAGAGAGGCUGGAGGAUAGUUGUGAUGGGCCUGAAGAGACAGAGCAGCCAAACCGGGGCAGGCAGGUCACCGAGACUCAGAGAAACUGACUGGCUCCUCUGUCCCCAAGGUGAUAGCCAAGACAGAGGGCCCAGGUUGGCUGCGUCCCAGCCCUGAGCCCUCACGGGGUUGGCAGCUCGUUAGUUACAGAGUCCUGGAAUGCAAGAGCAGAAAGGUCCCUCAUUUGACAGAAAAGAACAGUGAGAAGUUAAGGCCCAGAGAGGCGAGGUACUUUCCCAAGGCUGCACAACCGGGCGGGUCUGCUGACCCCCAGCUAGCUCAGUGCUCCUCAGCGAUGCCACACCAUGGGCUUCCCUAGCAGGCCUGGUAGUGUCUGAUUAGCAUCAGUGCCUUUGUGCCCAGCUUGGCAGCUGCCUCCCUUCUGAGACAGUAGGAUUCUGGGCAACCCACUGGAUGGUCAGAAGUCCCGCGGCAUCUUGGCAAGCAGCUGAAUUCUCUUCAGUUCUGACCCAGAUGAAUAUGUUUGAACUUGAGACCUGGCAGGAGCCCUGAGUUCUGCUUCAUAGGGUCCAGCCAGCCCCGUGGGUACCACACUGUAAACUGAACUUGACCCCGGCCAAGGCUGGAGUCCAUUUAUCCUCAGCAGAAAUGUGACUUCCUAUUCCUGAGCCGGAAGGGGCUUAACUGACUUUUAAAGCAGGCUCAGAAGGCCUGUUGGACAUCAAAUAGAUGGCGCGGAGUGCUAUUUGGAUGAGAUAAGUGUAAAGGAAUUAGAAACACAGAGGCCAGAUUUCCCUCUGUUAAGGGCAGAGUGUGGCAUGAGAUGUAUUGAGAUGGAGCCCGAGGUUAAUUAAAGAUGAAGCAUUUGGUAAACAGUCCAAGCACCUGACCGCAUGCCCAGAUCUGUGCCAGGCAUGGGGCCAAAGAGGUAAAUUAAUGCAAUGUGUGAUUAUCAAACACACACAGUGCCAGGCUCUGUGCUGGGGCCAAAUCUAGCCGCCUUUGUUGGCCUAGAGGAGUUCAUCAUCAAGAGGCAACAAGCAGCCCAAUCCCAGGUUCUUAGAAGGAACUUUACAGCUCAUUCUGUCCAGGCCCCUGACCACAGGCAGGUCCCCCAGAUCCCUCCUCUGAGGUGGUUGGGAGAUCCCAAGCUCUCCCUCCACCAAGUACUCAAGUGUUUAAAGAAAGCCACAUGGGCAGCAGACGGAUGGGCCGCCUGAUCAGGUAGACAGGUGCUGACGGGACAGCCAGAGCCAGUGUGAGUUAGACAUCUGCAGCCCACAUCCACUGGUCCCUGAGGAACCACCCACUGGCCAGGAUUUGGAACUUACAUCCCAAAGUCUCCCCAAGCAGUAGAGAACUUGCUGACUUAUACCCCCAAAGACCAGAGGCAUAUGGACAGAAAUCUGCACAGCUGGGGCGUUUGAAUUCUCUCUUCCUGGGCCAGGGAACCAUCAUUCCAUCCACAGUCACUCACGUCCUUUGGAAUAAUCCACCCACCACUGCUGACAUUUUUUUCCGGCAUGUGAUAUGUGCCUCUCCUCACAAAAUGCCCCUGUUGCUCUAAAAGCAUUGUUAAGAUCACAAGUCCCUGGCUUAGGACUAUUACCUUUGACCUUGAGGCAGGCAGAGGAGAUCAAGGACUGAGAGCCAGCAUGUUCCUGGUGGCCCUGGGUCCUGUCCCCCAGAACAGCUGACUGAAUGACCAAGGGGCUUUCUAGAUCAGGUCAGCAUGGCCCUGUCUGCUGAUCUCCCUCCAAGGGCCCCACCAGCUCUGAGAGUCAAAGGUCUGGAGUCUAUGAAGCGUGGCCAGACUGAAGCAUAUUUGUCCUUCCCAGCACAGACAAGCUGUUUCACACAUGCUGUUUCUCAGGCCUGGAAAUGCCUUUCUUUACCCCUAACUGCUCAUCCUUUGAGGAUCAACUCAGAUAGCACGUCCUCCGGGAAGCCCUCUGCACUGACUGUGUCUCUGCUCUCCUAUCGUGCUGUGAGCUCCUCGGUGGCCACGGUCUUGUGAAUUCAUCUCUGUAUCCUCACUGGACACGAAAAUGGCACCCAAGAGCUGUGUAGAGAAGGACAGAGUAAGAAAGGAGUGAAGGAAGGAAAGGAGAGCGGCAGACCUUACUUCUGCUGGUGGAAGGGUCUCUGCAAAGCCAAAGCUGUCGUAAGAUGGCAGGUGUCCCUAGAAGUGGUGAGUUUCCUGUCAGGAGCGAUGUGUGAGCGGGGGCAGUAGGCCCACUGGCUGGAGAUGUGGUCGGCGAGUUGAAGUCUUGGCAAGGCAGUGGGGUAGGGUCCCUCCUGGCUCUUUAAUACUCAGUUUCUUUGAACAUUGUUAUUUUUCCAAAAAUUCAUCUAAGCAGCCAAAAAAAUCACCCGGGCUGGCUCUCUAAACCAGUAGUUUCAGAAAUCAGUCCAGCCUCACUCCCCCCACCCUCUACCCCCAUUCUUCAACAGCCCAGCUGGGCCCGAUGCGAAUUGGCACGCUUGCCUGCUGCCCUGGGGCAGGGGGACUUCUGGGCUGUGGAGCAAGGCUAAACCGGAACCCAGGCCCCUGCUCCCAGCCCAGAACUCCUUCCCUCCCUGCACCGCCCCCCCAACACUGGGGGGAGAGAAAGGGGGGCCCUGAGAACCGACUGAGCCUCGCCUGGCCCUUUCCCAGGAGCAUCAGCACACCCUAAGCUCUCCCUCACGUGUGUGUGCUCAGUCGUGUCUGACUCUCUGCAACCUUUUAGACAGUGGCCCGCAAGCUUCCUCUGUCCAUGAGAUUUUCCAAGCAGGAAUACUGGAGUGGGUUGCCAUUUCCUCCUCCAGGGGAUCUUCCUGACCCAGAGAUCGAACCUAUGUCCCCUGCGUUUCCUGCAUCACUGGCAGACUCUACCAAUGAGCCACUGGGGAAGCCUUUCAGCUCGCCCUGCUCUUUCUCCAAGUGUAGGCUUUUCCUUGCCAGAGAUAGCCUAGAUACUCCUUCACUUUGCUGAGUGACCUUGGGCAAGUCCCUGCCCCUCUCUGAGCCUCCACCUCCUUAUCUGUCAAAUGGAGACUUCGUUUCCUGCUUGGGGAAUGCCACGUGCAAUCUUGGGGCUCCACAAAGGUGAGGCAUCCCCCGUCCCCAGCCCAGGGCUUGGCUUUCCUCCCAGCACCUGAGGACUGCCAUGGGAUCAGGAGCAUGUGGCAGGCAAGGAAGGUGACAGAGUAGCACGCCUUGAAGGGCCCCUCCAUCCCAAGUCCCACUGCGGGAAAGUGGACUUUGAAUAAGACUCUCAGUCUAGGAAGUUUCUGGCAGGGCUCUCAGCCAUCUUGGACCCCCAGUGGCUGGGGCGGCAGGUGACUGUUGGUCAAGGGAUGUUCCAGCCCAGAGCAAGGGAAGCCAGAGCCCCUGUGCCAUUCCUGGGCCUCAGAGAUUGCAGGACAUCCCGGCCCGACUCUCACUGUGUGACACAGCUUCAGAUCUUAAUGUAUUGGAAAGGUAUUCCUGUUGUUGUGCUUUUAAUCACCUCUUCCUCUCACCUCUGUGAAUUAUCCUGAAGAGUUCUUUAAGAAUAUAAUAGAAAACAAAGAAAGAUGCUAUUAAUGUUAUUUUGCCAAAAAUAUUUUUGUAGCAUAAUAUAUUAAUAAAAGAUAUGAU